AUGGGGCACCAAGAGUAUUUCUCAGAAUUCAAAAACCAAGUGGUCCAAUUCAUCAUCGGAAGGUGUGUGGGCGGUGUACCUCCUCGUGGCACACUUAAGGAAGCACAACUGAAGUUUACAAUCUCCCGGCACACCUGUACAAGGUGGUGGAAUGCUGCAAAGAAACAGCAACAACGAGGAACAUCAGUUCAAUUGGUAAGUGUAAAAAAAGUGAGGCCUUACCCCAAAAGGUUGCAUCUGGAUGUUGAUCUAUUAAAGAGUAUGCAUUUCUCCAAAAGGUGCAACCUCUUGAGUGUGGCAGUGGGUUUAGGUUGUUCAAAAACAAUAGUAUGGAGGUGGGUUAAGGAUGACCUAAUUAUACCACACACAUCGGCCAUUAUGCCCAAUCUAACAGCUGCAAACAAGCUGUUGCGGCUGAGAUUCACAGUUGAAUCAUUAGAACUUGACAGAAUCCUGAACAAAAUUAGGUUCAGAAAUAUGCACAACACUAUACAUAUCGAUGAAAAGUGGUUCUACAUGACUAAAGGAGCUCAGAGAUUCUAUCUUGCUCCAGGAGAGCAAGAACCUCAUAGAACAUGUAAAAAUAAGAAGUUCAUAUCAAAAAUAAUGUUCAUGUGUGCAGUUUGUAGGCCAUUGUUUGGUGUUCAUGGUGAAGUGUUGUUAGAUGGAAAAAUUGGAAUUUUUCCUUUUACCAAACAAGUUGCAGCCAAGAGAUCAAGUAAAAACGGGCAGGCGGGCACUAUGGAGACAAAACCCAUAGAGAGUAUCACAACAGAUGUGGUGAGGGAUUGCUUGAUCAAUAAGAUAUUGUCUGCCAUCAUAGCCAAGUGGCCAGAUGGGGCAACUAAAGUUCUCAAGAUACAACAAGAUAACACGAGACCACACAUCAAAGACAAUGACCCAGUUUUCAGAGAAGCUGCACAACAAAGUGGUUUCUCAAUAUCAAUUGUGCAACAACCACCUAACUCACCUGACACCAAUGUGAAUGAUUUGGGUUGGUUCAGAGCAAUACAGUCACUACAAACUCAGACUGCAUGCAAUAAUGUGGAUGAUUUAGUCAAUGCAGUUGAGAAAUCAUUCCAUGAAUUACAACCAGAGACUUUGGAUAAUGUUUUCCUAAGUCUUCAAUGCUGUUACAUGGAAAUUAUGAAAGUCCAGGGUCAGAACAGAUACAAGCUGCCCCACAUGGGGAAAACACAUUUAAGGAGGACAAAUCAACUUCCACAGAAUCUAGAAGUUCCAGUGGAGCUGGCUAUGCAAGCAAUUGCUUAUCUGCGAGACCAGGGGAGCAACCAAGGAUUGGAGACAAUUUCCCAAGCCUUAGGAUUAGGAAGGCUGAUUCUCGAGAUCUACGGCGGGAACCGGCCGAAAUACGACCUCUACCCCGAGAAGCGGCUGAAAUACGACCUCUUCCCCGAGAAGCGGCCGAAAUACGCCCUCUACCACGCGACGCUACUGGAAUACGAAUGA